AUGGUGCAGUCAUUGCGUUUGCAGGAUAAAGUCGCCAUUGUGACCGGUGCCUCAUCCGGUCUGGGUCGAGCUAUCGCUAUUCGCUACGCGCAAGAGGGCGCCAAGGUAGUCUGUGCCGAUUUGACCCCAACAGCACGCUCCCAAGAGGAAGCUGGGAUUACGACACAUGAUUUGAUUACCCAGAAGAGUGGUCAAGCCAUUUUUGUGCAAACCGAUGUUGGAGAUGCCACUCAGAUGGAGAACUUGGUUGCGGAAGCCGUGAAGGUGUAUGGAAGACUGGAUAUCCUGGUCAAUAAUGCUGGAAUCAGCAUUGAGGCACGCUUCCCGGCUGUUCUCCAUUUAACUGAUGAAGCAACGUGGGACACGACGAUGCGAGUGAAUGCAAAGUCUGUUUUCCUGGGUAGCAAGUAUGGACUGGGGCAGAUAUUAGCGCAGGAGCCACAUGAUUCGGGGGACAGAGGAUGGAUCAUUAACAUUUCAUCCAUUAUGGGCAUGAUUGCGGGGCCCGAGAAUCCCUCUUACUGUGCAUCAAAGGGAGCUGUUAGCCAGCUCACCAGGCAGAUAGCCUUGGAUUAUGCCCCGCAUAAGAUUCACUGUAAUGCAAUUUGUCCUGGAUAUACCCAAACCGCUAUCUUCAAGGAGACGACUACUAAUCUUACUCCUUGGGAUGAUCUCAACCAUAGACACCCGUUGAAAGGUCCUGGCUUCCCUGAUGAUAUUGCAAAAAUGGCUGUUGUCUUGGCAAGCGAAGAUGCUAGCUGGGUUACGGGGGUCUGCUUGCCUGUGGAUGGCGGAUACACUGCCCGCUAG